AUGGCCUUAGCUCUAGGAGCACUCUGGGCGUGGAGUCUCUACGACAAAGCUCUUAUAUCCCACUACGCGAAGAAGUAUAAACCCUCACCUUUGCCGGAAAAGGCAACUUAUAGCAAUAAGGACAUAAGUAUCAUUGUACCGACUAUUGAUACGGAAUCGACCUUUACCGAGUGCAUGCGCCUCUGGCUUCGGUCGAAGCCCCGUGAAGUUAUCAUCGUCACUGUCGAACGAAAUAUAGAAAACAUAAACAAGCUGAUCGAGCCGCUCAAAGACGAUGCACAAAGAAUUUCAGUCCUAUGCUCGCCUGUAGCGAACAAGCGUAUCCAACUGGUGGUAGGUGUUGAAGCUGCCAAAGGCGACAUAUUAGCGCUGGUAGAUGACGAUGUCUUCUGGCGAGCUGAUGGUGUCGUGCCAUAUCUCUUGGCCCCCUUUGAGCAAGACGAGAUUGGCGCCGUGGCAGGCAUACAGAGUGCUGAAAUUCCUCCUGAACGUCGAGACCCGAGCGUCAUCACCCCAUGGGAGGCAACAUCAGCCUUCGACCUCUGCCAGUGGAAAGGCUCCCGGGAAGUACACUUCGCGGCUGACGGCGGCUGCUGGUGCUUGUCGGCGCGGACGCUUUUCAUUCGCACAAGUAUCCUCCAGGACCCCAGCUUUGCAAAUUCAUACACGCACGAGGCCAUCGGCCGCAGGGUCGUCAACACGGCUGAUGAUGUCGUUCUAACGGGCUGGGUGUUUGAUCGUGGCUGGAAGGUUUCCAUCCAGAAUGUGCCCGAGGCCGAAGUCACGACCAACAUCCCGCAGAACCACAGGUUUGUGUGGCAGAUCUUACGCUGGGACCGAGGAAACUUUCGUACUUUCUUAGGAUACAUUUUCGUGUACCCCGGCUGUUGGAAGAUGAUGCAGAGGCACCCAUAUACAACAUGGAAGAUGAUUGAACGUCUCCUUAGACCGAUUUGGGCUCUCGCGUAUCUCUGGGCGUGGAUUCAAACGUUCCUUACCGUUCCAUUGAUUGCGUACGCCUUUCUAGCCUGGCUGGCUUUUGGAUGGGACGGCUAUGUUCCCAGGUACAAAUCAUUCCUUGCAAAAUACCCGUACUGCGUGCGUCAAGUGUGGGCGUUUCUUUUUAUGGAUGUCAUAGGUCCUAUGGUAGAUUUAUAUGUCUAUCUCACGAUGAAUAACGACAAUUGGCUAACGAGGGCGGCGGAUGUCAAAGUGCUGGAAACUUGA